CUUCCUUGCAACAUCAUUACCGUUAGCCUAAUUUCCUCGCUCUUUUUUGUGUCACUUACAUAAUAUUUCAACAUGUCUCACAACACUUAGAAGAAUAUUGGUUCAAACGAAGUGCCGUCACAACAUUCAAAUAGUAUUCGGAACCACGACUGGCUAUGUCUACGAAAUGUCAUCAUAUGGCAAAUUCUUACCAUGGUCAACAUGGGACUAGUCUUGUAUGACUGGAAAGGUUGGGAGAAUGAGCGGCAUUCAGCGAAAGGGCGAAUGAUAUUUGGAGCGCUGCAGACAAUUCUCUUGGGUAUUGUUUUGCUCCAAGCUUUCUUGCGGAAGCAACGAGCCGUUGAUCGUAGAUCUUAGCUAUUACCUAACAAUAGAGAGCACAGCAUGUAUAAUUGUGCACACUUUCGUCA